AUUUUGUCAUAGUUACACUGAGCAGCAAACAAAGAAAAGAUAAGCUUUACACAGAAUUCCACUCCGCAGCAGUUGCUAGGAUUUCCCCUAAUUCCCAUAUUCAUACUGGACUCUGCAGGCCCCGCUCCCACACUCGCCCAUCAGCUUCAAAAACUUGUCUGGUCCUGCUUUCUUUCUUCAUAAAUUGUCCGGCUACUAUCUACAGGAUUGGCAGGGCGCAGCAUUUUUGGGAUAUUUUCCAUAAAUUAUGACGGGCUAUCAGUGGGCCGAGCACCGGCCUUCACGCUCGCUUUUAUGCUUUUAUGAAUACAUUUCUCUUCGCUUGUCACGUCCAUUUACGCAUCUGUAUGCAGAGAUGGCGAGAACAAAAGGACGUCCAGUAACGCGGCUUCUUCUCCCUCGCCGGGUUCCUUCAACAAUCGUGAAUUAAUAUGUUGAUGCAAAUGAUUGUGCCGCUCUGCAGGCAGCUGGACGGGUGCAAACUGGAGUCGUGGUGCCUUCAAGUGCUCUGUAGAGUGCAGUUCAUGAAACGUGCGUGAGAUACUCUCUGGAUUCGGUGUCACCUGAAAUAUACUUCUAAACAUCGAGGUAAUAGGAGAACGAUUAUUCUACAAUAAUAUUUAAACUUAAGUUGAUUUUAAUCUAAUAAAACACCAUCAUUAAGUGGACAUCAUUACAAUCCAAAAUGUAGUUUUACGCACUCUGUAUCUCCUCGGAGAACUCUCCCUUCCUCCCACAUGGACUUGAAUUUCCAUUAAGUUCUGACUAUUUGUGGUUAAAGGUCAUGGUCACUUUGACUUGUUCAAGUAAAAAUUCUAAAUCUUUAAUUUGUUAUGUCGAUGUUGUUUUUAAGUUAUUAUGCUUCUGUUUGUUUUGUUAUUCAUGAGAAUAAAGUUUUAUUUCGUUGCAGCUUUGAAGUUAAAAUCAUUCGUAGGUGACAUGUCCGUCAGUUCCUGGGGGUGGCAAAAGUUUCUCCUCACGCACACACACACACGCACGCACACAUUCCAGCAGGCGGGGUCGCUGCUGAAUGAGCCGCUGCAGCAGCGCUGCACUCCAGAGUCUCCGCGGACACACACAAGAGCACAAGUCUGCCAAAUGGAUUUCUUUACCGGACUCAGACCUUUACUAUUCUCCUAUGUCCUCAUUAACGGAAUAUUCAUCACUUUGCAGUCGAAGGAAGAAGUUCUCCUGGACAUGAGGGCAGCAGGAAGUGAACUGGGCUGGCUGCCUUGGCCUUUAGAUCAGGGAGACAAGUCCGGGUGGGAGGUGGCCCAGAAGGCUCUGAACGGUUCACAACUCUACACCUACUCCAUCUGCAAUGUGGGAACACCGGAUCAGGACAAUUGGCUCCGCACCACCUUCAUCCAACGACACCCGGCCGCCUCUAGGGUUUUCGUUGAACUUCAGUUCAUCGUGCGAGACUGCAACUCCUUCGGUGGCAUUUCCAUGACCUGCAAGGAAACCUUCAACCUCUACAUCUCCGAGUCUGACGCAGAUGUGGGCACCACCUUCCGCAAGGGUCAGUUUAAGAAAGUCGCCACCAUCGCUCCGGACGAGAUCACAAGCAAGAACGAGCUGCACAUCAACACGGAAACUCGGGUCGUUGACAAUCUCUCCCGGAAAGGCUUCUACUUGGCAUUUCAGGACAUCGGCGCCUGCGUGGCUCUUCUCUCUGUCAGGGUCUAUUUCAAAAUGUGUCCAGCCAUCGUGGCCAAUCUGGCUUCCUUCCCCGAGACUGUGGCUGGUGGUGAGAACCAGAAUCUGAUGAGAGUGAGUGGGGUCUGUGUGGAUAACGCCGUCAGCGAAGAGCAGCCUCUCAUCUUCUGCACCGUGGACGGAGAGUGGGUGGUGCCAGUGGGGCAGUGCAAGUGCAAGCCAGGCUACGAAGAGGUCAAGGAUGGCUGUCAAGAAUGUACGGCGGGAUUCUUCAAAGCCGAAGCGUCCGGUGAGAAGUGUGAGCCGUGUCCUGCCAACACCCAGAGACUAGAGGCGGGUGCUGUGGUCUGUCCAUGCAUGGACGGAUUCUACAGAGCCCCGACUGAUCCACCGACUGGACCCUGCUCUGGUCUCCCUUCUGCUCCACGUGACCUGGCAGCCACCACCACCCAGCUCUCUGCAGGAAAGCUCCUGCUCACCUGGAACCCGCCUGAGGACACCGGCGGUCGUGCUGACAUCACCUACAGCGUGGAGUGCCAGCGCUGCGAUGGAUCUGCAUGUCAGCCCUGCGGAGAGAAGAUCCACUAUGACCCGGCAAACGCCGGACUUACAGACACCAAAGUCUCCGUCAGCGACCUGGACGCUCACUUCAACUACACCUUCACUGUGGCGGCUCACAGCGGCGUGUCUGUAUUUGACCCCGAGGGGACCCUGCGGGCAAACAAGCCAUCGACCAGCGCACUGACCACCUCUCUGCACUACACAGAUCCACCAAAGAUAACCUCCAUGUGGCUGGUUGAGAAGACCCCCACUUCUUUGUCCCUGUCUUGGGAUGUUACCCCACGGCACAGAAGUCCACACAAACCUUUCCGCUAUGAACUCACCUACCGGAAAAAGGAUGACAACCUGGAUGCGACCACGUACAUCGUCCGCAUCUUGGAGAAGACUUCGGUGCAGAUCUUCGAGCUGUCUCCAGGGACCUCCUACUUGUUCCGAGUCCAGGCGCUGACCAGCGACGGGAGUCCUGGGGGAUCCAGCAUCGAGGAGCAGUUUGAGACGUCUUCAGAUGGUAUGUCCUGUGUGUCGUCCUCACACAGUCCGCUCUCUAACUCGUGUGCUUUUUCAGGGACCCCCAACACAGCAGUCAUCCUUUGCUCAGCAGCUGGAGCCGCCGCCGUGUUGUUCGUUAUAGUUCUGGUCCUUAUCUUGCGCCGACGGAAGAGGAACUCUCACACCAGACAAGGACCGGAGGACACUUACUUCUCCAGCUCAGAGCAACUGAAGCCCCUGAAGACCUACGUGGACCCCCACACCUACGAGGACCCCAACACUGCCGUCAUGAAGUUUGCCACUGAAAUCCACCCGAGCCACAUCACCAAACAGAAAGUGAUCGGAGCCGGCGAGUUUGGCGAAGUGUAUCGUGGAAUUCUAAAGGUGCCCGGGAGGAAGGAGGUGGCCGUUGCGAUCAAGACACUGAAACCUGGAUACAGUGAGAAGCAGAGGCAGGACUUCUUGAGCGAGGCCUCCAUCAUGGGCCAGUUCUCCCACCAGAACAUCAUCCGCCUGGAGGGGGUGGUGACCAAAUUUAAACACGCCAUGAUUGUGACUGAGUACAUGGAGAAUGGAGCUCUGGACCGCUACCUCCGAGAUCACGACGGAGAGUUCUCCUCCUUCCAACUGGUGGGAAUGAUGCGUGGCAUCGCGGCCGGAAUGAAGUAUCUGUCCGAAAUGAGCUACGUGCACCGCGACCUUGCGGCUCGCAACAUCCUGGUCAACAACACGCUGGAGUGUAAAGUGUCCGACUUUGGUUUGUCUCGAGUGCUGGAGGACGAUCCAGAGGGGACCUACACUACGAGUGGAGGGAAGAUUCCCAUCCGCUGGACGGCUCCUGAGGCCAUCGCUUACAGGAAGUUCACCUCAGCAAGCGACGUGUGGAGUUUCGGGAUUGUUAUGUGGGAAGUGAUGGCGUUUGGGGAGAGGCCAUACUGGGACAUGAGUAACCAUGAGGUAAUGAAAGCCAUCAACGAGGCGUUCAGGCUCCCGGCGCCCAUGGACUGUCCCUCGGCAGUCUACCAGCUCAUGCUCCAGUGUUGGCUGCAGGACCGGUCCAAGAGGCCACGCUUUGGGGACAUCGUCAGCCUGCUGGACAAGCUGCUCCGGAGCCCAGACUCCCUCAAGGCCAUCGCGGAUUUCGACCCACGUGUUUCCAUCCGCCUGCCAAGCACCAGCGGCUCAGACGCCCCUUUCAGGACGGUGUCGGAGUGGCUGGAGUCCAUCAAGAUGAACCAGUACAGCGAGAACUUCACCUGCGCUGGGAUCGUCACCAUGGACCAGGUCCUGAUGAUGAAGAACGAGGACAUUAAGAACAUCGGCGUGCGGCUGCCGGGACAUUUGAAAAGAAUCGCCUACAGCAUCCUGGGUUUAAAGGACCAGACCAGCACGCUGAGUGUGUUCGCAGUGUGAACACGGCCGUGGAGCGAACUUAAGUCAGGCACUGAAGCGAACUGCCCACUGAACUCUUAGCGUGGAGCCCCACUGCAGAAAUGGCCCUCAAGUCGGCAGAACCAGGACAAUCAUCUCGACCGACCCAACUGGAGCCGAAGAACUGAACGUCCACGUGGGAAUGGAGAAGACUCUGCAUUUGUAGAUUUUUGUUUUUACUAUAGUUGACACGUAUUCUCUUCGUUUCAUUCCUGUUUUGUAAAAAUGAGUCAGACGGGCUCUCAAAUCAAUCUUGGGCAUCUGAAACGGAAAGGGGGAAGAACUCCCAACUCGGAAUGUCGUUGGUGGCGAUGCUUCAAGCGGGACUUUGAUUCUUAUUUAGCCAUUCAGGAAAGAGCGUCAGGAGGGCUGGACUCGGCUUGGGUUGGCCCACCUCACCACGGACAGGAUCAUAUGUUGUAGAACUUCUGCUGGCUCCGUUCAGAAAUUAAGCUAGGAUCAUAAGAGGGUCUGUAAGGUACUCUGUGUACAGUUUGUUCCAAAACCACUGGGGUUCCUCAUGUAGCACUUGGAUCAAGAAGCAAAAAUCCCCCCCAAAAAAGUGGUGUUUUUCCACCAAGCUGCAGUGAUUGUAGAAAGUUUGCUGUUCAUCAAAUGCUGGUGUUGUCUUUGGAAUAUUUUUAACUAGUCAAUUUGCUCCUGACAUGUUUGAGAAGUGCCUUCCUAAGAUGGUGGAAAGUCACCAAUGCGCUUAAAAUACGACUGCAAAUCAUCCCCACCAUUGUUUACUUGAAUGACAACUGCAUCUUCAUCAAUCUAUCGUAGCUCGCUUUUGGAAAAGGGGUUGAUUUCUAAUCUGGUGACAUCCGUGGAUUCAUAUUCUUCAAAGCUCCAUUUUUUUUCGUGCCUUUCCAAAAUCCACAACUCCUUCUUCAGAGCUGUUUUAUACUGUAUUUAAUAGUCUAUUUAUUUUAUACUUUUAUUUAUUUAUCCUGAUAAACACUGAGCUGGGAUUGUUAAGUGAAGGCUGUUUUCUCUCAAAAUAAUAAUAAAAAAAAGCUCAAACUUUCA